AUGGAUACAUAUCCUUCUGAUUCGUACAAGAAAAGAACCGACUUUGUAUCCGGUUUUCUUGUACAAGACCCGACGAACAAUGGUGAACACUACAUACACGAAUUUGUACCCUCACCUCAUUCAACCACCAUUGAUCUGAAGUUUUUGCCCCAUAGAGCUCGUAUCGUGGCAACAAACGAGCAAGGUUUAGCCGUGUUUGAGGCUCCUCAUUCUCGAUUUCAUAGGACGGUUUUGUACCAUGUUUGUAAACUUACAACUAAGCAGGUUUUGGCUCUGCCGAAUCCAAAAACAAGGAUGUUUCAGACCGCUAUGGUUGCAGUCGUCACCAUAGGAUCGAACCCAUUGCAUUACAAGAUUCUGAGAUUGUCCGAAACAAGUUUUACGACUUCCGAAAAGCCUGUAAGACUCCCCUUCACAUAUAACUGUGAGAUCUUUGAUUCAAAGGAAUGGGAAUGGAAAGUGUUAGCUCCACUAGCGUUACCUUACGGCGUCACUCCUGCUAAUACAGAACCCAUCACCACAAGUAGUGGAUCCAUUUAUAUGCUAUUAACGAACGGUGACAUCUUGAAAUUUGAUGCAAAUUCAGGAAAACAGACAACGUUAUCCCCUCCCCCCGAUUAUCAGCCUGAUGAUGAUCACACGAGGCUUGUAAAGUGUGAAGGAAAACUUGGGUUGGCUUUUCGGACGCCAAAUGAUAGUUGGGAGAUUUGGGUCCAUACUAAUGAUGGAUCAUGGAUGAAACUAUGUUCUCUAGAUCUGAAUCGAAUUACUAAAAGGGCCCAGUCGUCGUUGGUGAGCUUUUAUGAUUCCGAUACAUUCAUCAUAUCAAAGGAUUAUGACAAACUUGCAUUUUACAAGUUUACAAGGGAUAUGGACCAAGAGAUCAAACUGAGCAAGAUCCUUACUGGUCAGAUUUUCAGCUUACACUCCGAUUUUGAGACGGUUAAUUUGAAGGAUCGUUGA